UCUUAACAAAGAUAUGAAACAACAACACAUUUGGUUGUUCAUGCAGUUAGUGCUUUUCAUGGUAUACAGUACUUAUUGUAUUACAGAAAAGCUGUUAUUCUCCACUCCAACGUCUUUAAAAGAGAUAGACUUGAAAAGUGGUGUAGUUCAUGUGAUUGCAAUUCAAAAUGACAGAGUAUUUUCAAUGGCGUAUGAUUAUCAAGAAGAAUAUUUGUAUAUUCCAAGGAGAAAUGAAGGAGACAUAGCUAGGUACGCUUAUCCCAAUUCUAAAAAUAAAACGUUCCAAACUGUUGUCGCAGCACAGACACCAGAAGGUAUAGCAUUUGAUGAGGUAAACAGACAGCUUUACUGGACAGAACAUGAAUUUGAUGGGAAAAUAAUGAGAUGUGAUUCGGAUGGAUCUAAUGUGACUAUUAUUGUUAGAGAAACAUAUCCUUAUGUACUCACAAUAGAUAUUAAAAAUGGAUGGAUAUUCUAUGGUCAAUCGCUUGGGAACGGACAAGUUAGCAGACUUGCACUUGACGGAAAGGACAAACUAGUCAUAGAGACAUUUACAACUAAUGUAUAUGGUAUAAAAGUUGAUGUUAGUGAUAAGCUGCUUUAUUGGAUGAAUUAUGGACCAGGCAAUUUAAGAUCUGCUUGGUAUAAUGGAUCUUAUGUCACUACAGUAGUCACUUACAAUUCUGGACAUAAUAACAGAAACAUUGACAUCGUUGGUGAUACAAUCUUUUUCGCAAGCGGAAAUACAAUUGUGAAGACUAACAAAUACUUAGGACAACUUCCGACUGUUGUGCAUAGAGAUACAGAAGAAAUUUGGGGUGUUUUGUAUUAUAGGAGAAAUGGUAAUAAAGUAUGAAUGAUUAAGAACACAUACAAAUUAACAUUGCCCUACUUCGUCAAACAGAUAUACAGAAAAAUUACAGAAAUAAAAACACGAAGCAGAAGAUAUGGAACCACACAAAAACUUUGGGUAAGCUCAGGUUCUCCGGACGGGUAUGCAUAUCCUGUCCAAAUGUGGAACCCGUCGUGUUGCUCAUGUUAAUACAAAGACAGGUUUAAAUUAUUAUUAUUUCAACGCGAAUUUAACAAUAUUUAAAUAAUAGAAGAUCAUAGUAGUUGUGAGACUCUUGCAAAAUAAGUGUUAUUCAUGUUUCAGUAUCAAGACUUUGAACCCGUUUAUGCAUGUUUGUGUUGUAACGGUUUCAAAUAUGUGUUUUAUGUAAGGAUUGGUCUUGGGUUAUUUAUAAAAAGAAAGGCGUAGAAUGUCAAAGGGACAUUUAAAUUCCUAAGUCGAACAUAAACUGACAAUGUCAUGGUUACAAAAUACAUUAUGGAACAUAGAAAAUCAAAUACCGAGUUACACGAGCCCCACCGAAAACUAGGAUUGAUAUCAUGUUCUUAGAAAUAAUGACCAGAUCCUGUUUAACAAGUGGCAUCCUUUGUAUUAUUUAUGUUAACACAAAUACAGGGAAGUUGUAGACCAUCGAAGCAUAUCUAUAUAUGUCACUGCAUAUUUAACACUCACAAAUAAAAUGUAACUGUUUGUAAUUGAAAUCUUAAAAAUCAAUGUUAAAUACAAAUUAUCCGGAAACAUUUUCGCUUCAAUUCUGCCAUAACAUUGUCUAACAGCUAACAAAUUGCUUUUUUGUACAGUUAUUCAUGCUUGUAACAGUUGUUUGAUACUAUGUAUUUUAACUAUUAUUAUAAACAUAUUCUAGUUAAAUGAAAUCAGGUUCUUUGAAUGAUUUUUUUUAAUAAAAUUUUACAAUCUGAAAUUUGAUAUACGAUUAUCUUACAAACUCAUAUUUGUUUAAUAUUAUCCCUUCUCUUUGGUACUAUGAUUAAACACUUAUAAAAUUAUUAAAUAUUAGAAAAUAGCAAAUGGAAAGAAAUUUGUCUCUUUUUUAUCGAUGAGUCAAUAGUUAUAAAGGUACCAGGAUUGUAAUUUAGUACGCCAGACGCGCGUUUCUUUUACAUAAGACUCAUCAGUGACGCUCAUAUCAAAAUAUUUAUAAAGACAAACGAUUACGAAGUUGUAGAGCAUUGAUAAUCCAAAAUUCCGAAAAGUUGUGCCACAUACGGCUAAGGUAAUAUAUAUAAGCAGUCAUGUUUCUGUUUUUGACUACUGUCUUAAUAUCCUUGGAGAAAAAGUUAUGGAUUUAUUGAACAAUUAACUUCGGUAACCUUGGAGGAAAAGCAAAUAAAAAGAAAAAAAAAACACAUGGUAAACCUUGAAAAGAAAAUAACCAAACAAAUUUCUACGGCUGAAUGCAUUUUAUUUAUGUUGUAUGAAAAAAAUUCAUCUCACAAUGUUUUAUAUUUUAAUAAACAAGAGCAGUUUCAAAUAUAUGACAUAAGUUCAUGAGGUACGAAAUGGUUGAUGCAUUUAGCCCAUAGGAUACGAAAUGGUUAUUAUCGUGGGUACAAAAUUGUAAAUGUUGGUAUACAUUUUUGGGUACGAAAUUGCAGAGGUACGAAAUGGUCAAGGUAUGAAAUGACUUGUUCCAUGCUUCAUAAGGGUAAUAUAUUUCGUGCCUCAUUUUGCAUUAGUCACGUUGCACAUGGUGAGUACAAUUUGAUUACAAAUCUCAAUUUGUGAUGUUACUAUGGAUUAUGGUUCAAUAGCUUCCGUCCAUGCAGAAACCAGUGAAAUGAAGUUCAGAAAUGCAAGCUUUGGCUUAAAAUAUUGAAAACAACACGUUCUUAAUUCCUUGCGUCCGAAGCGCAACGUAUCCAUUGAGUGCCAUACACAUACAUACUUAAUAUGAAGACACUACUGAAAUGCAACAACGCUUGUCAAGCUGACAUCUUCUUUUUUGUGUACAGUAUUAGCUUUCAUUCCACCAUCAGUCAAUCUUCAGUAGUAAUUAAAUUAUGAUGCAACCGUAACUGUAAUAUCCUUAUGUCAAUUUCCAUUAGAGUCCACAAAUAUUAAGUGUCAAUUGUUAAAACAGUGUAAUUACAGAAGAUGCGAUUAUAUCACUUAAACAUAUUUUAGUAUCUUUUACAUACAAGAUUGAUAUGUUUAUUAUGUACAAAUGUAAUUAUGUUUUGCUACUGAUGAUUAAACACGCUCUAUUAUACGAGUUUAGAUGUUGAUUAUCAAAUAUGUUAUGAAAGUGUGUAACACAAACUACACGAGAAAACACCUAAUUAAGCGAUCAACCAAAAAAAGGACAAAUGUACUAUCAUAGAUUGUUGCUUCAUUGCAUAUGUUGACACUUGCUUUUGCCUUUGCUCUUGUUUGUUUUUUGUUUUCUACCAGCUUGCAAAAAAGAACAAUAACCUGAAGAAAGUGAUAUUCAAGAAAAUGAUAAGACGGCGGAUAGUAUCAAAUGCAUAUAUACAUAGAUAUAAUUUGACGAAAAAAAUGAGGAAAUAUUGCUUCUUAUGGGUACAGAAACACCCAGCCUUUUGUUUGCAGUAUGCAAUGGUUACCUCCCUUACUUCAGUUUUGAAAAUGUCCCAAGUAACUCGAGGAUCAUUAUUUUUGGUUGAUGUGUCCGUUGCAUAGAACAUGUAGAAGCGAUUUUGUAUUUUGCGCAAAUUUACUUUUUGGAUUUUCAUGAUACACAAAUAGGAGUAUUUUUCUCACAGCGUUAUGAAGACUGUGAUUUUGGAUAUAAAGUAGAAGCAUAAUAAUAUGGCAACUGAACCAUGAUGACUGGAUUUUCCUGUUCUCUUUGCUCAACAAUUUUAUUUUGAUAUUGAAUAUCCUAUGAAUAUUGAGAAGGAAGUGUACAAGAAAAUUAAAUAUUUGUGCAGUGUAUAAUGUACAUUUGAUUGGAUUUAACAAGCAUAAAAGUAUUGGAUUUAUGAUAAUAUUUGGAUUAUGUCUGUGUGAAAAUGUGAUUCUAGAAUUUUCCUGAUCAUGCUGAUCUAAUCUGAGUGUCUUACUUAGCAUGAGGAACUGCUGAUGUACAUGUACAUGUAUCAUAACUCUUUUUAUGCAUAAUGUUUUUUUGCGGAUAACGUUUACAAAACAUUUGAUAGUUGUGAUCCAGCUUUUAUUAUGACAUUUAGUUGAUAGAUAUAUAGAAAUUUGUUUGCCGUUAAAUAGAUUGUGAAUUUUUAAAAGAUGAGUGCUUUUCAACAUGUUCAAUAUCAAAAAUAAAUUACAUGUAUACAUAUA